AUGUUAAAUUUGUUCUGGCUUCUCAUGGUGCUUGAAUUCGUCUCACUAUUCAGAUGCUUUCAGAAAGAAAAAGAAUGCAGAAAACUGGAGGACAGGAUCGGUUUGCUGGAAACGGUAUUGAGCCAGAGAGAAAAUAUUAUAGCUGAUUAUAGAGGAAAAAUUGACCAUUUGAAUAAACGAAUUGUGGAGUUGGAGACGACUUUGUCGACGGCUUCCAAAACGGAAGACGACCUGAAGCAAAAACUUGCAGAAAAGAAGGAGAAUGAAAAUUUGCUGAUGCAGAAGGUGCGCUAUUAA